CAUCCAUGUGUUUCUACGCGGGAGCCGUGUGUUUGUGGCCAUCGGGAGGGAUUUAUAGCCUAAUCGUGAUGAAUCCCCGUGGUGGCACGCGCAGGUCUUCGUAAUUAUGGCAGUCGUUCUAACCGAGAUGGGAGAAGAGAAAAAAAACAUCCUGAUAGGAGGCAUUUUAUCUUCAUCACUGGACCGCUCAAUUCCAAUUAAUUUGACAAGAUUUCCCUCACGCGAAGCGCAAAUCCCUAUUAAAAGACGCAUACUGUAAAUGACAACCCUCUAAACGCUUCGCGUGUCCGAAUGAAAUAGAAGAGGAGAGAAAGGGAACGACAAAAGGUUAAGACGCAGCUUCCCCAGAGUUAUUUCCCGGCAGAGCGCCCUAAGCCACGGUCAUUGGCCCUAAGCCAGCCCCCUCCCGAGUGCGCCUAGUGUUUCUAUAGUCAUUUCUAACCAAUGAUCAGUAGGUGUCCACAUCCUAGCGUCCUCACCUCAGCACCAAUCAGCCACACACAGCGACAGGAGACAGCACGGAGCUAACAGUAGGCAGCCACACACAAUACACCUCGGACCAAGGAGAGGAAACACCUACAACGCACCGUUAUUUCCCCCCCACCCCCCCCCUACAGCGCCGUGGUUUUAUAAUAAUAAACCGCUUUUUCUUUUCUUCUAAAAGCUCGAUAGGCUAUCGCUUUAAGUUUGCUAUUUUUCCUACUUUUUUUUUCUCAAGCUUUCUCAAGCCAGGAAAAUAAGUCUGUAAAAAUGCUCCUUUUGUUUUGAGCGCUCUUUUUCAGUGUGGCUGUGCUCUUCCCACAUCCUCGCGUUAUUUUUUAUCUCCAUCGCGCCUUGCGGUAAUGUGCCGCUCUGUGUUGGCAGCAGACUGCUAGGCGUCUGGAAUCUCUUCUCGCCAGGAACCUGGUAGUGCUGGAGGAGACAGAAGCAGGAUGGUAACAUAUUGUUGGUGGUAACCAGCAGCUUCUAGUUUGACGAAGGCCACCGUUGACGGCGACCCCGGACUCUUCCCCAGUGAACCCUGCUCAACCGUCCUCCAGCCAUGUCUAAUAUAAACAAUGCUCUCUGCAUUGAGAACGGACAGAACGCAGACGUUUCUCUCUUACAAAAGGAUAACCUUCAGAACCUGCAGAACCUGCAGAACUUGCAGAACCUCCAGGAUGGUGGAUUAAGCCAGCUUUUGGAUUAUAACGCCGAGAUGGAACGGUACCGCUCUUUCGCAAACUUUUACAAAACCAACGGCGCGUUCGGCCAGACGGCCAAGAUCGCCCGCAUCACAACACCCAUUUUCCCCAGUGCCCGGAUAGGCAUGUCCCCGUGGAACUGCGAUAACGCCAUGCUCUGGGGGAGGAAAUCGGCGACAAUAAACCCUAAUAGGACCAGCAUGCACAGGAAUGACUCCCAGAGGCCGGGGAAGCAUGGCGUGCCGCCAGAAACGCUACAGCAAAUGGCAAAUAAUAAUUUCCUCUCUACCUUAUCCCCCGAACACUGCAGACCUUUAGCGGGAGAAUGCAUGAACAAGCUGAAAUGCGGCGCCGGCGAAGCAGAGAUAAUGAAUCUCCAGGAACGUGUCGGAACUUUUUCCGCCAUUCCGGCUUUAGGGGGCAUCUCAUUACCUCCCGGGGUCAUCGUCAUGACAGCCCUUCACUCCCCCGCAGCCUCGGCAGCCGUUACAGACAGUGCGUUUCAAAUUGCCAAUCUGGCAGACUGCCCACAGAAUAAUUCCUCGGCGUCCGGCGGGAACCCGGCGAAGAAGAAAAGGAAGCGGUGCGGGGUGUGCGCGCCCUGCCGGCGGCUAAUCAACUGCGGCGUGUGCAGCAGUUGUCGGAACCGUAAGACGGGCCACCAGAUCUGCAAGUUCAGGAAAUGUGAGGAGCUGAAAAAGAAACCCGGCUCGUCGCUGGAGGCAGGUCCGUGUUUUCCUAGACUGGUCCCUGAUCUGUUGACAAAGACCUUAGGCGUUGGCUAUACAGCCUGGGACCAGAGGACACCAGUCAACAAUGGCGAGGCAUUCCGGUGGUUCUUUUAGAGUGCCCGACCUUAGUGACAUCAACAUGCAGUCAGAGGUCCAGUUUGAACUCUGAUGACAUCACUGCAGGAAGCACUGGGGGCUCAGAGAACCCAAACAACCUCCUAGUUUUUAAACCAGGAGGAAGAAACUCUAAAAAGAUGAAGCGAUAAACAUUAUGGUGUUGGUUUAACUCUGUAAUUUCCUUUCCUGUGUAAUUAUUGUACCUUUUGACAGUAUCAUAAUGUCUAUUUUCAGUGUAUAUGAAUGUGUUUCAGUGUCGUUUGGCUGUAAAGUUUACAGUCAAUCUUAUGUAAAGGACUCAAUAGACAAUCAUCACCAAUACGUCAACAACAAAGAUGGCCGCUGCUGGGAUUGAUCAUGUGAUCGUCACACACAACCUUGGCGCAAUAAUCUUUAAUGUUGAUUAUUCUGCUUGUGUUUUCCCUUUUAUUUCCGUUUUCAAAUUAUUAUAUCAAAGCUGAAUUAUUUUUUAUUAAAUUUGUCAUUUUUGUUUAAUGCUUGCAUUCCCUGUUUGUGUGUGUGCCUCUGACUGAGGGAAACUAUAAGGUCCUCUUUGGUAAAUGUGAUGUAUCAUAUAAGUGACACACAAUGCCAGAGAGAACGGCAUUAUUAUUUAGAUGCUUUCAUUUGGGGUUUCUUUCAGUUUUUGUCCAGCACGUUACGAAACAGGGCACAUUGUCUUGUGUAGCGAGUUGUACUUUUUUGGAAAACAAAAAGGAGCAUCGUUGUGUUACAGUUACUGCACAAAGUGGUGGUUGCGAGCCAGACUGCGUUUCUCUGUGGUUUUGAUACGCUUCAAAGAUGGUGUUAUGAUUAGCUUUUUCAUGUAACUGUUUGGCCACCUCCUGACCAUCUUCUGGUUUUUGUUUGAAAUAGAAAAGGUCAUCUUAUAGGUAACACUAUACUUAUAUCCUGCAGGUAUAAUGCUUCAUUACUUAUAUCCUGCAGGUAUAACACUUCAUUACUUAUAUCCUGCAGGUAUAACGCUUCAUUACUUAUAUCCUGCAGGUAUAAUGCUUCAUUACUUAUAUCCUGCAGGUAUAACGCUUCAUUACUUAUAUCCUGCAGGUAUAACACUUCAUUACUUAUAUCCUGCAGGUAUAACACUUCAUUACUUAUAUCCUGCAGGUAUAACGCUUCAUUACUUAUAUCCUGCAGGUAUAACGCUUCAUUACUUAUAUCCUGCAGGUAUAAUGCUUCAUUACUUAUAUCCUGCAGGUAUAACGCUUCAUUACUUAUAUCCUGCAGGUAUAAUGCUUCAUUACUUAUAUCCUGCAGGUAUAACGCUUCAUUACUUAUAUCCUGCAGGUAUAACGCUUCAUUACUUAUAUCCUGCAGGUAUAAUGCUUCAUUGUUAUAAGCAGGUAUAAUGCUUUAUUACUUGUUAUUAGCAGGUAUAAUGCUUUAUUACUUGUUAUAAGCAUGUAAUAUCCAUUACACUGUCUUGAGGUUUAUGAUAUAUACUUGCAGACUAAGUAAAGUGUUACCGUUAUUACACCCAAGCUGUCUAAAGGUAGUUAUUAAUAAUACUAGUAAAGUAAUUCUGAGGUUAAAUCAACAUUAAAAUGUAAUAUUAAGUCAACAGUACAGUUUACAUAUCUGACAAUGGUUAUAUACAAUAUAACUGAUAUAUGUUCACUGAGUAUGUCUGACUACAGUUAUUCUGGAAGUACGGGACUUUCCAUACCUUUCUCCUGCAGAGACUACAAUAACAACAAAUGCAGUAGUCUCUUGAGCUGAAGCAAAAAGUGAACACAUUCCAAAAAACGACAAAAUUAUUCAAUAAAUUACUCAUUGUCUUCAAAACCCUAUUGUUGCAUGUGUAAAUGUGUUUUGGUUUUAAAGAUUAACAAGAAUUUGUAUAUUGUUGUUGUGAUGCUUUUAUGUGUUAAAAUAAAAAGGACAAAAAAAUAUUUUGAAUGUCGACGAAUAACGCAACAUUUUUAUCCUCACAUUGUACAAUUAAAUAUUGGAUUCUGAUUCACCUGCAAUGUU